GAUGAGUGUGGAUAUUUUGAAUCUGACUACGAACUGAGAUCAGUUCAUUCAACACUACAGACAAACCUAAAAAGUAAUGGUUCCUAAUGUUGAAAAUGCUGAAUGGGAAGGAGUCAAUGUCAUGAAACCUGUUGAUCGUCUACGUGUUGUAUCCACAUACACCAAAACAGUGCUUAUAUUUCUUACAAUACAAAUAUCAAUUACAUUUGUCAUCAUAAUGCUCUCAUCAAUAAUUGGUUAUUAUUUUCAGGGAAACAAAGAAUCGACACAGUCCAUUGUAGCUGGUUUAUUCCUUUUGAUUGCAUUGGUCAUAGCACUAUUGAUUCUUCUCGUGAAGAAGAUCAGUGAGAAAUAUCCACUGAAUGUCGUGUUUUUAAUUAUUUAUUCUAUUUUCAUGGCAAUAGCGACGGCAGUUUGGGAUAUAAAGUUAUGUUUUCUUCUCAAACUUGCAAUCUUUGUAAUCAGUUUGGUGUUGUUCACAUCUGCAUUACUGAUCGGUGCAGCGAUUAAAUCAUAUUCGGUCGAUCACUUAAUGAAUAUUCUAAUAUCCCUUUCGGUUACAUCUGUUGUAACUGCCGUAGUCGGUUCUGUGCUCUUUGUGUUAAAAAGACAGUAUUCAGCGAUCGGUGUUUACAUAGGCGUACAAUUACUAUUCUUUAAUAUAACAAUAUUGAUAAGUCAUUUCACUGUUGGCAAAUCAAGAUAUCUUAUUUUAUAUCCAAAUUAUUCACUAGCAGCUAUCAUAUUGUAUAGCAUAUUCUCUUCAUCUUUAUCAGUCAAUACUGGUAUAUGGGAGGUCUACAACGAGACUGAAAAUUCUGUUAUUCAGUUUAAAUUGAACUCUAAAUAGUUAAUCGAUGCGUAUGUUUCUUUUGUUGAUUUAAUAUCGAAUCAAUGAAGAAGGCAUUUGUGUGUGCUUUUUUUAUUCUGAUAGAUUACAGAUUGACGUACACGA